GCCGUGCGUGUUGACGUCACAAGAAAACGGAACCCGUCGCGAAUGGAACAGAACCCCUUCAGAGAAGGGAAGUUAAAGAACCCACCAGCUGUCUUCUCUUUUUUGCUCGUUUUUAUCGUGUCUUGACAUUCAUCGGGGCGCCUUGGGGCCUACGCGCAGCGACAGAGGUGAAGGAACGGGACGUUUUCCAGACAUGGAUCACACACACCACCACCACCAAUCCAUGCCUCCCCCGACCAGCGGCGGGGACGGAGCAGGAGGAGGCCAUGACGAGGGCCAUGGGGGACACAUGGGGAUGGCAAUGACCUUUUACCUGGGCUACACCAACGUAGAGGUGCUCUUCAGCGGACUCAUCAUCAACUCGCCUGGAGAGAUGGUUGGGGCAUGCAUCGGUGUGUUCCUAAUGGCUAUUCUCUAUGAGGGGUUGAAGAUUGGCCGUGAGACGCUGCUGCGUCGCAGCCAGGUCAACAUUCGUUACAACUCGAUGCCACUGCCUGGAGCUGAUGGAACAGUUUUAAUGGAGACACACAAGACAGUCGGGCAGCGGAUGCUGAGCCCAGGCCACUUCUUGCAGACUCUGCUGCACAUCAUCCAGGUGGUUGUCAGCUACUUCUUGAUGCUGAUCUUUAUGACCUACAAUGGUUACUUGUGCAUUGCUGUGGCAGCCGGCGCCGGUACUGGAUACUUCCUGUUCAGCUGGAAGAAGGCAGUGGUUGUCGAUAUCACAGAGCAUUGUCACUAGCUAACGUGUGUUGCACAUUAGCAAGACAUGUUAACUGUAAGUUUUGAUGCUAUCUAACUUGCUAAAGGGGCUACACCUCCAGAAUUUCACUCUUACACUAAAUGACAAAUGUAACCAUGGAAACGCAGCAUCAGACGCUAACAUGCACAGUAGCAUAGUUAAGCACUUAACUAUUUGUCUUUUGCUUGUGGACAAGUUGACCAAUCACCGCUCAAAUCACAACAGACAUCUGACUGGCCAAAUCGCAUCUUUUCAUUUUUGAUGCCAUAACUACUUUAGCCUGCUAUCGGCUGCUAACCAACACAUACACAGAGCCACAGUGCAGUAUUUUAACAGUUUCACUUAUUAGUGAAUCUGUGUUCUACUUACAGAUUCUUUGAUUUAUCUCAAAGUCUAAAACUAACAUUUUCAUUUUUUAUUUUAAUGAACAAUAUUAUCACAGCGACUAUUUUACUUGAGAUUGGAAGAAAAAAAUGUUAAAAAAAUCUAAAAUAUACAAAAAAAGCAUUUAAAGUUGACCUAAUUAAUAUAUGAGAUCCUUAAAUUUACAUACAGUAUACAUUUCAAAUGUUUGUGUUUUUAAAUUUUUACAUUGUUUACAGGAUAUGGGCAUUUUUGUGUUUGUUUCUGUAUGAGACAAUCAGUUUUCAUUUUUAUGUUUUAAGGAUGAAACAUGUUUUUUGUCAUUAACUGUUUUGUUGUCAUACAACUGAGUUGUUUUGAUUGUUACCAUCCAGUUUAAGUUUAAUGGUAAAUUCAGUUUUUCUGGCCACUGCUGGCCUUAAACCUGUUGCCUUAAUACAGAGAAGUGAAAAGUCCACACUGGAGGCCAUUGCUAUCAGCUAUAGUUUUAACACACGAUGAGACACUACAAUCUGUUGCUAGCAGUUAGACUCUGCUGGAUUCAACCAGAGAACCUUUGUGUUUUUAAAUAUAUGUUUAUUAGGACUGACCAAAAAUUAAAGGAGAGAACUGUAAUUUUUGUUUAAAUGAACUUUAUUUUCCUUUCUUAUGCCAAGAGUUAAGGAGUUAAUUAUUGGAUGGAUGGGAUUUAAGGAACACUCAGAUUUUAUAAUGACAUUAAAAAACUGCAAAAUGUGGUAAAAUGCAUCGUCACACAUCAAUCAAUCAAAUCAGUGUCUUUAGCAAAGCGUGUUCACAUAAUUUCAGUCACAUUCCAGGGCAUCUAUACAUGGUCUGAAACAGUGAUGUCAUUACAGUGUGUGAAUAAUUGAAGGACAAGUCGAGAUGUCAACGUAUCAGAAAAUGUUUUUAUUGUCACAAAUGCUGGAAUCAAUAAAGUUUAUGGUAACUGAC